CCGGUCUGUGUGAUCAGCCCGUCAUUAGUCUCAGCUGAUCAUCGAUCCGGCUGUUCGCGCCUCAUCGACUCCUCAUCACCUUCAUCUUCUUCAUCUUCAUCUUCAUCUUCUUCUUCAUCAGCUGUAGGAACAUGCUGCGCGUGCGGGCGGCCGUGUGGCGCGCUACCAGGGGGUUCAGGACGUUCCCCCGUGCAGCCGUGGAGGUGAAGAACGAGCCGAUCCUGGCGUUCAGAGAAGGAAGUGCAGAGAGGACGGAGCUGCUGGAGGCCUUGGACAGCCUGAAGGGGAGGACGGAGGAGAUCCCAUGUGUGGUUGGAGACGAACACGUGUGGACCAGUGACGUCAGAUAUCAGCUGUCUCCGUUCAACCACUCGCAUCGAGUGGCAAAGUUCUGCUACGCUGACAAGGAUCUCAUCAACAAAGCCAUCGAGGCAUCUGUGUCGGCCAGGAGAGAGUGGGACCUGAAGCCCGUCCAGGACCGAGCCCAGAUUCUGUUCAAGGCAGCCGACAUCAUCAGUGGACCCAGGAGAGCAGAAAUCCUUGCCAAGACCAUGAUUGGACAGGGUAAGACGGUGGUCCAGGCAGAGAUUGAUGCGGCUGCUGAGCUGAUCGACUUCUUCAGGUUUAACGCCAAACAUGGUCUGGAGCUGGAGAGGACGCAGCCAAUGGACGCCGAGGGAAGCACCAACACCAUGCUGUACAGAGGACUGGAGGGCUUCGUAGCAGCUGUGGCUCCGUUUAACUUCACUGCUAUUGGUGGAAACCUGGCAGGUACGCCGGCUCUGAUGGGGAAUGUCGUGCUGUGGAAGCCCAGCGACACCGCCAUGUCUGCGAGCUACGCCGUCUACAACGUCCUGAGGGAGUGCGGCCUGCCGCCAAACAUCGUCCAGUUCCUGCCAGCUGACGGUCCGGUGUUCGGAGACACCGUCACGUCCUCUCAGCACCUGGCAGGCAUCAACUUCACCGGCAGCGUCCCGACGUUCAAGCGUCUCUGGAAGCAGGUCGCUCAGAACCUGGACACCUACAGGACCUUCCCACGCCUGGCGGGAGAGUGUGGUGGGAAAAACUUCCACUUUGUCCACAAGUCGGCGGAUGUUGAGAGUGUGGUGAAGGGGACGAUCCGCUCGGCGUUCGAGUACGGAGGUCAGAAGUGUUCGGCCUGCUCCAGGAUGUACGUACCAGACAGCCUGUGGCCGCAGAUCAAACAGGAGCUUCUGAACAUCCACAAGGAGAUCCGAGUGGGAGACCCGGUUGAGGACUUCAGCACGUUUUUUUCGGCUGUGAUCGACGACAAGUCGUUUGCUCGGAUCAAGAAGUGGCUUGACCACGCCAAGUCUUCCCCGAAUUUAAAGGUCAUCGCUGGAGGAAACUGUGACGAUACAAAGGGUUACUUUGUGGAGCCGACCAUCAUCGAAAGCACAGACCCGCAGGACGCCAUCAUGAGCGAGGAAAUCUUUGGACCAGUUCUGUCCGUUUACGUUUAUCCUGAGAAGAACUACAAAGAGGUUCUGCAGCUGAUCGACAACACGUCCCCGUACGCUCUGACAGGAGCCGUGUACGCUCAGGACAAGACUGUGAUCGACGUGGCAGCUAAAGUGUUGAGAAACGCCGCAGGAAACUACUACGUGAACGACAAAUCCACCGGCUCCAUCGUCGCUCAGCAGCCGUUUGGUGGAGCCAGAGCUUCAGGAACCAAUGACAAGCCCGGAGGUCCACACUACGUCCUCAGGUGGACGUCCCCGCAGGUGGUCAAGGAGACCCACGUCCCCCUCACAGACUGGAAGUACCCCUACAUGGGCUGACAGGAAGUCCAGGCUGCAGCCUGCGGGUCCAAUCAGAGCCUUCCCUCCAUCAGCUAAUCGUCCAAUCAACACACACACACACACACACACACACACACACACACACACACACACACACACAGACUCCUGUCCACACUGUCUCUCUCUCUUUGCACUGAACCUGGACCUGAACGUCUUCCGUCCCUGAGCUGUCGGACUCAAUUGUCACAACCUCGUUAAGAUUUCUAUGUGAGACAGUUUGACUCGUUUACAGCACAUCAGAGCCAUCAGACAAACGAUGAGUUACCGGAGACAAGCGAUGAGUCACCGGAGACAAACGGUGAGUCACCGGAGACAAACGAUGAGUCAUCGGAGACAAACGGUGAGUCACCGGAGACAAACGAUGAGUCACCGGAGACAAACGAUGAGUCAUCGGAGACAAACGGUGACUCAUCGGAGACAAAUGGUGACUCACCGGAGACAAACGAUGAGUCAUCAGAUUUUAUUUAGUUUUUAAUCCAGUCAAACAGUCAGACUAAUAAUCCGUUGAUGAUUCUUUGGUUUUCUUUUAAUCUUCUCUGAUGAUUAACAUGCGGUCUGUUGGUUUAUUUUAGGUCAGUAUGAGUGUGUUACUCGUCUAAACAUGAAUGUGUGUGAAGUGAGGAGAGGUUUGGUCUCCUCUCUCUCGUCCUGACCGUCUGUUUGGACUCUUUAGCUGCACUUUAAUCUCUUUGUAACAAAGAUUCACGUGAAUUAUUUGAAUCUUUGCUGAUUUACAUGAUCAGACCGUGCCUGCCUUCAUCUCUGUAAAUUCAUUUUUGACAAUAAAGAAUAAAUUAUUACCAUC